UGGCUCAUCAUCCCCGCGCCUACCGGCACCGGCACGUCUUCUGAAAAAAUGGCCACCAUACAAUUCACCAUCGCUCCUCCAUCUUCUUCCCCUUCUCUUCUUGGUCUUAGAUUCAAACCCAGACCAACCAAACUCUUCGCCUUCUCACCAAAUCUAACAGUUAAACCCUCUUUUAAAGCCUCCCUGAAGCCCUUUAACUUCAUUUCUCCCUCCACAUUUCACUCUCUCGAAGCCAUCAAACCCUACGUUCUAUCAGAAUAUAAACCAAUUCUAAAAGGCUGGCUCUGUAGUCUUGUCUCUGUCUAUUCUCUCUCCAAAAUUGUCCCUAAAGUCGGAAAAUUUUCGGCGACGCUGAGCAAGAUUGACGCCAUUAAUUUGAGAGACGAGGGUUUGGUAUUGGGGGUAUUGCUUCUGGUUCGGCUAGUGGCUAGUUACUGGCAGCAAGCGUUUCUGUGGGACGCCGCUUUGAAUUCGGUGUAUAAGAUUAGGGUUUUUGUCUUCGACAAGGUUUUGCAGAGGGAUUUAGAGUUUUUUGAAGGUGGUGAUGCCGUUUCUCCUGGUGAUAUUGCGUAUCGGGUGACUGCGGAGGCGUCAGAUGUUGCCGAUACCGUGCAUGCUCUUCUGAAUACCAUUGUACCCAGUGCUCUGCAGUUAUCGGCGAUGGCAACGCAGAUGUUAUUUAUCAGCCCUACACUUUCUUUGAUUUCAGCCUUGGUUAUUCCAUUUAUGUCUCUUGUUAUUGCCCAUCUCGGUGAAAGGCUUCGAAAGAUAUCUCAAAGGGCCCAUCUUAGCAUUGCUGCUCUCUCGGCAUACUUGAAUGAGGUCCUCCCAUCAAUUCUUUUUGUGAAGGCAAGCAAUGCAGAGUUGUCUGAGAGUGCUCGGUUUCGAAGACUUGCUCAUACAGACCUAUCUGAAUGUUUGAAAAAGAGGAAAAUGAAGGCUCUCAUUCCUCAAAUCAUGCAAAUUAUAUAUUUUGGAGCAUUAUCAAUAUUUUUUGUUGGUUCACUGGUGGUUCCAAUUGGUGCUUUGGAUGGCAGUCUCUUGGUUUCUUUUGUAACAUCAUUGGUUCUAUUGAUUGAUCCAAUCCAGGGUGUGGGAAAAGCUUACAAUGAGUUGAAGCAAGGAGAGCCGGCUAUUGAACGCUUGUUUGAUUUGACUAGGUUUGAAUCUCAGGUGCUUGAGAAACCUGAUGCGGUUGAUUUAGAUUCUGUUAUUGGAGAGGUGAAAUUUUGUAAUAUCUCUUUUAGAUAUGGAGACAGGAUGCCUCUUAUUUUGAAUGGAUUGGACCUCCAUAUCAAAGCUGGUGAAACAGUUGCUCUUGUUGGGCCCUCUGGAGGAGGAAAGACAACCCUUGUAAAACUGCUUCUUCGACUUUAUGAUCCUUUAUGUGGUUGUGUAAUUCUUGAUAACCAUAAUAUUCAAGGCAUCCGCUUGAAAAGUUUAAGAAGACAUGUUGGUCUGGUUUCUCAGGAUAUAACACUUCUUUCAGGAACAGUUGUUGAAAACAUUGGAUAUAGGGAUCUGAUGACUAAAAUUGACAUGGAGAGAGCUGAGCUUGCAGCACAAACUGCAAAUGCUGAUGAAUUCAUUAGAAACCUUCCAGAAGGGUACCAAACCAAUAUUGGACCAAGGGGCUCAACAUUAAGCGGUGGCCAGAAGCAAAGAAUAGCUAUUGCAAGGGCACUCUAUCAGAACUGUUCCAUACUGAUUUUGGAUGAAGCAACUUCUGCUUUAGAUAGCAGGUCUGAGUUAUUGGUGAGACAAGCUGUGGAGCGAUUAAUGGAAAAUCGUACUGUGUUGGUCAUUGCCCACCGCUUGGAAACUGUUCUGAUGGCAAAACGCGUUUUUCUUCUGGAUGAUGGAAAGCUGGAGGAGCUAAAUCGCUCAGCUCUUUUGGGUGGUAAGUCUGAUUCCCUCUUAUCUACAGGGCUGGUGAUAUGAAAGCAUGUUGAUGGUACAAGUUACAACCAUUAGGAUGUGAUCCAAUCUGGACAUUGUCUUUUUGGGUUAGGGCUUUCCCCUUCAUGCAGCCAAUUAUACUUGUGCCAACCAAAAGGUGAUGGUACAACCAUUGAAAUUUGGUCAAGGAAACCAUGGAUAGAUAUUUCCAGUCACGAUGACAUCCUAUCUCUACCCAUAGAUAUUGUGGUUUUUGAGGUUGUUGCAUUUUCAUACGUACAUUUUUUCUUGGGAGAAAUACGAGGAUCCCAAAAGGAGCUCCAUUUUAUUUUGUAGCUUAUCAUGUAUUUGUUCUAUGAGUGUCUUAGAUUUUCUUGGUUUUUGUGUUUUUCUUAAAGAUUGAGAAAAGAGAUUGUAAUGGACCACACUUAUUUUAUAAUGAAUUAGGUCUUAAGUUAUAACUCCUUCGAA